CACCACCCUAUUGUCAUUAUCAUUCACCAAACUUAAAGAGUUAUGGCCUUAUCCAAUAUAGCAGCUACUUAUUUCCUCUUCAUAAUUCUUUUAAUUUCUACAAGAGCUUUUGCUUCUGAUUCCUGUGCUUCUAAUUCCAAAGGCAAUUCAGACCUUUCAGUCAUUCACAUUUAUGGCAAAUGCUCACCUUUUAACCCACCAAAACCUUCUUCUUCAUGGAUCAAUACUGUUAUCAACAUGGCCUCUAAAGACCCACAAAGGCUCUCUUAUUUAUCCAGCUUAGUUGCAUCCAAAAAGCCCACUGUUGUGCCAAUUGCUCCAGGGCAACAACUCUUCAAUAUAGGUAACUAUGUGGUUCGGGUCAAGAUGGGUACUCCGGGUCAACAGAUGUACAUGGUCUUGGACACAAGUAAUGAUGCUGCAUGGGUACCAUGUAGUGGUUGUGUUGGGUGCUCAUCAAAUACUUUGUUUGCCCCAACAACUUCCUCUUCUUACGGGUCAGUAGACUGCUUCCUACCCGAAUGUACUCAAGUACGUGGAAGUCUCUCUUGCCCGACUACCGGGUCGGGUUCCGGGUCAAGUGCUUGCUUCUUUAACCAAUCGUACGGUGGAGAUUCGUCCUUUUGCGCCACGCUGUCACGCGACUCACUUGGACUAGCCAAUGACGUUAUUCCGAAUUAUGCUUUCGGGUGCAUUAGUUCCGUGUCCGGGAACUCAAUUCCGCCCCAAGGGUUGUUGGGCUUGGGCCGGGGAUCCAUGUCAUUAAUGUCACAAUCCGGAUCUCUGUAUUCGGGCGUAUUCUCAUAUUGUUUGCCUAGUUUUAAAUCAUAUUAUUUCUCUGGAUCACUCAAGCUUGGGCCCGUGGGCCAGCCCAAGAACAUUAAAACCACGCCAUUACUCAAGAACCCGCGUAGACCAUCUCUGUACUACGUGAACUUGACAAGUGUCAGUGUGGGAAAAGUUCAAGUUCCCAUAGUCCCGGAACACCUUUGUUUUGACCCGAAUACAGGUGCGGGCACCGUCAUCGAUUCGGGUACGGUCAUAACCCGAUUCGUCCAACCGGCUUACGAGGCAAUUAGGGAUGAGUUUAGAAAACAAGUGAAAGGGCCAUUUAGGUCAUUAGGUGCAUUUGACACAUGUUUCACAUCACCAAAUGAAGCAGGGGCACCAGCUAUCACAUUGCACUUUGAGGGAAUGGAUUUGAAAUUGCCAAUGGAAAACACUUUGAUACAUAGCAGUGCAACUCCCUUAGCAUGUUUGGCAAUUGCAGCAGCACCAAAUAAUGUUAACUCAGUGUUAAAUGUGAUAGCCAAUUUGCAGCAACAAAAUCUCAGGAUCAUGUUUGACACUGCUAAUUCGCGCGUGGGAAUUGCUCGUGAAGUUUGUAACUAGAUUACAAAUUACAAUGUUCCUUUUAUUAUUAAGUCUCUGUUUUCCUUUUAUGUGUUGUUUUGGAGAGAAAAUUCACUCUUCAAUUUAUCUGAAAUAGAUCCGGUUAUAAAGUUAA